AUGCGUCACCACAACGCCCCCGUUCCGAAGAGUCUCAUGAAUCAAGCUCGCACGGCUCUGGAGGCGCUUGGUUACACGUGGAGCUCUUCAACGAAGUGGGCUUCCGGUGAUCUCGUGUUGAAGGAAGACGAGCCAGGAUCGCAUAGCGGAAGUUACUUCUUCGUUGUCGCAGGAGGUACUCGAGACGAUGACAAAACGGAUGAGUUCUACGUCUAUACACAGUCCGCCAAAACCAAGGAUGGAUCGUACCGCAUUCCCAAGGAGAACAUACUACGGACUUCUAAGGGUGCCAAGUGGGUCGAGUCACCGAAGUACUUUGAUGGCUCGAUCUUAGCAAUGGACGUGGCGGGAGUGGAGCUAAGUAUCGAAGUACGAAACGUGUGGCGCGACGAGGACGGUGACAAGUGGGUGUAUGAGAUCAUGGAUCACAAUCGCACACAGGUCUCUGAGGAGCAGCUCGAUCGUAUGGUGGGCAGAGUGAUGAUGCUGUGA